GACUAGUCAACUACUUUCUAAAAUUACUGUAACUAGUAAACUAGUAAAAAUAAAAUGACUAGCCGCUCAACCCCCACUGUGUAUUGUAAUCCAUUAUACUUCAUAUACUGUAUGUCUGGACAUUUUGUUCGCUGCACAGAGAGCUGCACUUCCUUGUAAAUGCUGUCUAAAAUGUUUGGGUUAUAAGUAGGUGUUAAACAAAGGUGUUCACAUGAACAGUCCCCGCCUCUCUCUUCCUUCAAGAGCUCUUUUACUUUCUUUUCCUCCUUUCCAGAAGCAGACACAUUCCAGGUGUGUUUAUUACCCGAUAUUGCUAAUAAAACCUGAAAGACAAGAACAAGACUCAGUGGGAGGAGAAAGACAGCAGAAAAACGGAAGAGAAAGAAGACGGCUCACGGCUCAUGUCUCUACCCGACACAGGGGGAAAGAGAAGAGUAAAAGAUGUGUUUUUGUCCAAAUUCUGAUGAAAGAAUUCUCUGAAUAUCUGCGGAGGCCCGUGAGGGAAAUCAAAACCACUCAUCUUUUUUUUUCUUGAAUUCUGCUAUGGAUCUGGAUAUGUGGCUUCUAAGAGCACUUAUCCUGCUUGUCUGGUGUUCAGGCUUCUGGUGCAACAAUUGCAGUAUGACGAAGGUGUAUUUCGAGUCCCGCAAUUUUCACAGCAGGCUCCAUUGGGAUGAAGUGAAAAUGCCAGGCCGAGAAGUUCGCUAUAGCGUCAAAUAUCAAGUAUAUGGGGAGCAACUCAAGCUGAUGACUGGAUGCCACAAUAUCUCUGAACGUUCCUGUGAUCUCAGCUCUGCGAUGAUGGACAUUCGUUUGAAAUAUUACGUCAAGGUCAUGGUUGAUGAGUUAUGCAUCGGUGAAUUCAGGAACUUCAUUCCUUCAGAACAAACUUCUCUGGAAGCUCCAAGGCUGUCCGGGAUAACGACCGGGUCCUCCUUCACCAUAACACUCACCACUCCCAUGGGGCCUCAGAAGCACACAAUUAGGGAGAUCAGCUGUUGGGAAAGGUGCCAGGAUUCUGGGGAAUCGCCUGUUAACUAUAUUGUCACUCUCACACACCCAGAGUCUGAAGCUGGAAAGGUGUUUCAGAACACAUCUGGCAUGAUUACACUGAGUCAUUUAGACAAGAACACGCAGUAUUGUGGCGUCGCAUUGUAUGAGUUCACUCAUCCCGGAGUAAAACGGCAGAGUGAAAACACCACCUUCUGUGUGACUUUGCCAGCUGCAGACAAGCCUUGGAUUCCUGUAAUCGCCGUGUCUGUGUUAGUGGCCUUUUUCCUCCUGAUCACCAUGUCGGUGAUUUUGUGCCAGCAGCACGUCAAAAGGAAGGGGAACCUGCCCAAGGCGCUGCAGAACAUGUUGAUGCAACCCACUCCAAAUUUCAACCCAGAUCCUAAAGUGGAAAUAAACGCUGUGAAGGUAUACACUGAAUCUCCAUGGAAUACCACCAAAUCUGAACUAACCUUACCUAAAGUCCUGAAGGAGACAAAAACUGUGAACAUUGAAGGUUACGCCCCCCAGGACUACCAGGAAAAAGACUGGCACUGUCAUUCUUACACUAAUGACCAAGCCGUGCCAGCUAGUAACCAGAGCGCUGAAUCCUGCACCAGUUAUAGCAUGGUGGUGGUUGGGAUGGAACCCCAGAAUCGAGAAGAGUUGUCCAGUUGUGCUAACGACAGUGGGUUAGGAGGGUCCAUCAGCCCUGGAUUGUCCUCUUGCACAGAUGAUGAUCUAUUCCAGAUCUUACCUAACGCAGAACCAGAAGAAGACCUGGGCAUGAUAGAGCCAGACUCCACCAGUGAGCUUUUGGUGCUGCCAGUGUCACGUGGUACCAACGGGAAAUUACAGUUCUCCAUAGCAUUUCAUCCUGUGGAUUCAAAUGUAAACCAUAGCUCAGAGAUCAUGCCUCUUGUCCCAAAGUCAACAACAGUUGGAGAGAGGACUCUUUUGCUGACAGAUCUUGUCUCCAUGGGUGACUCAGACUGGACAGACAAUGAAUUAAGUUCUGAUCACAGGAACAACUACCUACCAAACAGGGUCCCUCAGAUCUGCUCAGAGUUACCCUCUAGUGAAACUAUUUCCAAAGUCCUGUUAUCUGACUCUACAUCAAACUACAGAGAAAACUGGGUACCAGGAAUCCUACCAGAUCUCCUACCAAAUGACACGACCUGCAUCGUGAGUGACAAUAAGCUAAAUGAAUUGGCUGAACCAGAAGAGGAUGUAGAUGAAUCACCAUCAGAACUUGAAGCAAUCUUUUUAGGUGGAUGGAUGGUACACGUCCAAGGAUAGUAUCUUUUUUCUUAAGCAUUGGCUCUGGCUCUUAGUGCUGUCUUAAAGAGAAUUAUUUAGCCAUCCACAAUCAUGCUGUUAAUGAAGAAUGAAAACCGCUCACAUUAUAUUUAAAAUGCAUAACCAGGCUUUUGGUCUGAUACAAGUAGCAGAUGUUAGAUAGGGAUCGGACUUCAAGUAGGACGAAGGAGACUGAAACAGCUCUCGAGUGCUUGCUAAUGAGCAGAGAGCAUUACCCAUAUGUCUCGUGGCCUUUGUAGUGGCACUCACAGCUAAGUCUGUAGGAUUACAGCAUCACACCAUUUGGUGUUUAAGAUGCUGCAGCGCUUGUACCGCACAUCUCAGCUCCAGUUCAUUAGCCAACUGUUCAUUAGCUAAAGUUGAAGCAGGUGUGUUAAACUUUAGUAACACUUAGCUGUGUGGUGAAGUAACACUCGUGUGGAAUGUAAUGGAACAAUUGAAACUGGUUUACUUUUUUUUGCACCAAAUACUUUGUUUAAGUUUUGCAGUUUGACUGAAAUGCACUAUAUGGCCAAAUGUAUGGGGACACCUAGCCAUCAUGCCCAUAUGUGCUUGCCGAACAUCUCCCUUUUGCUCCUACAACCGCCUCCAUUCUUCUGGGAAGGCUUUCUGCCCAUUCAGCCACAAACCCAUUAGUGAGGUCAAGCACAGAUGUGGGGCAAUUAAGCUUUGUACAUAGUCGGCAUUCCAAUUCAUCCUGUAGGAGUUCAGUGAGGUUGAGGUCAAGGCUCUGUGCAGGCCACUCGAGUUCUUCCACUUCCAACCUCGGCAAACCAUGUCUUCAUUUUGUGCACAGCAGCACUGUUUUGCUGGAAAAGGGUUUGGGGCACCUUAGCUCAAGGAGAUCUUAGUGCUGCAGCAUACAAAGGCAUUCUAGACAAUUGUAUGCUUUGUGGCAAUAGUUUGGGGAAGGCCCACAUAUGGGUGUGAUUGUCUGGUGUUCACAUACUUUCAGCCAAUUAGUGUAGCUCAGGUAGCAGCCAACCAUCUAGCCAACAUAAGUUAUCUACCUAACUAGGAAGAUAUUAUGAGAAUGUCUUUUUUAGCUGUUUGUUUAUUUCCUGCUUUACAGUCACUGACUGUAAAUUGGCCUUGUUUCCUGGCGAAACAAUGGCCAAAGCUCACCAGGGGAAGGUGAGAUCAUUGGUGUAUGAGAAUGGAAUGAGCAUACAAUAAAAAGAGACGAUGUUGUAGUGACGACAUACUAAUUAGACAAUAUGUUGGAUAGUAAAUAGUUAAUACAUAAAUUGUACACAUUAUUUGAAAGUUUACUGUGUCAUUUGGAGGUGCAUGUCUGUGGCAUUACAAAUUACCUAUAUUAUCUCAUACGACUGUCAUAAGUAAGUUUGUUGAGAAUGUCCGAGAGGUUAUGCUUAGAAAUGCUUAGGAAUCCUGAUUGUAGUCACAUGUCUGUUGAUUUUUCACUAAAGACUUGCAAAGAUCCAGCCAUUAUCAAGAGUUAUUGUUUAAAAUUGUUAGCUCUCUGACUAGAAACAUGAUUAACUUAUCAAGAAGUUUUUAAAGUCAGUGUUUUAGAAGUCCCCUAAAAAAAUGUUCUACCAGUCGCUGUAAGCUUCCCUUACUUACUGUAUACCUCAUAGCUGCAGUGUAAAACUAAAGACGAAUGUCAAACACUACAUUUAUUGCAUGAUGUACAGUAGUCAUAAUUUUGUAAAGCUCUUUUUUUUUCUAGCUGAAGUACUGUUUUAAGCAUCAUUGAAGAAGCAUUUCUAAUCGAUUUAAUUUUUAUGUUGUCAAUAAGAGCGUCUACAUGUGAAGUGGGAAAAUAAAACAUGACUGAUUGACUCAUUUACUGUGUGUAUUUGAUUCACCUGUAACUUUGUGUUUUGUUGUAUCAGUGUUCAGCAACGUUUUACAUGUGACCUGUUGUAUAUACAGUUACCUUUGUUAAACUUUGUCUUUGGAAUAAUAAUUGAAAUAUUAUUGUCAUGUGUUGUGAAUUCGCAUCUCAGACAAAGCAGCUAGAGUUUCUCAGUUUCUGGGUGUGGAUGAUCGUUUGGGAGUUUGUUUUUGUUGUUGAGUGCAACUUCAACUGCACUAAUCUGAAUCUAAACAUAAUAAAGUGGAGAAACAGCG